AUGAGCUCUUCGAGUUUCGUUUCGCGUAAUGGCUCGCUGAAAUCAAAUCCUACUUCUACCAAUUCGCUGUUCUCGCUUGGAAAGAAGAGUUAUUCGAAUUUACUAUUGAACAAAUCGAGUUAUUAUUACCAGAAUGAUGAGAUAAGUGAGGAACAAGAAGACGUACUGCCAUUGCCGCACGGUCUCAUACUGAACAACAUAGCCACAGAGGGUUUUCCAGACCUGACUAGAGUCGAUUCACAGUCACCUUUGAGUUUUGAUCCGCCACGUGACUUUCGUCGAAGGUCCAUCACUAAUACUAAUGGUGGUGCAAAGGGUUCCAAAUUUGUCUUUAUUCUAGUGGGUCUUCCUGCUGUUGGGAAAUCAACUAUUUCUGCACAACUUAUCCGUUUCUUGCAAAGCAAUCCGGCUACUCAUUCACUGCGUUGUUCUGUGUUCAAUGCUGGGAAAGUGAGAAGAAAGAUGAGUUUCAAGAAUCUGGGGAAACUGUCCAUGGAAUUGGCCAAUAACUCGUCGGAUGAUUUAUUUAAUCCAAAGAAUACGGAAAAGAAGGAGAAAUACGCUAGGAUCACAUUGGACAAAUUAUUGCAAGAGCUGGACUCGGAUGUUUGUGAUGUAGGAAUUUUCGAUGCCACGAACUCCAGGGUGCAAAGAAGACAGUUCGUUUUCGAAGAGUUAUGCGCCUAUAACGAGAACCCAGAAUCCAACUUCCAUGUAACUCCAAUAGUACUUCAAAUCACGUGCGAUGACCAGAGCUUUAUCAGGUAUAACGUUCACAAGAAGUCAUUUAAUGAGGACUACUUUGAUAAACCAUAUGAAUUUGCUGUUCGUGAUUUUGCCAGAAGGCUGAAAAAUUACUAUUCACAGUUUACACCUUUCUCUACCGAAGAAUUCAAUUCAAUUGUGAAAUUGAUUAAUGACCGAGGCUUGGGCCAUGGGGUCUUUGCAUACAAUAUUGUUAACACCGGGUUGGUAACAUCCCAACAUAUGAACAACAACUACUUUCCGCUCAAAUGCGCGAAGGAAGUGAUACAAAUGGUUAACCUAAUGGAAAAUUUUGUGGAACAUUACACCAGAAUGUUCGGCUACACUUACAUUGAACGUGUUAAAGAGUUCUUCAAUGAAGAGAUGAAAACUGCUGAACAGCGCCCCACUCCUGGGGGUUUGAGCUACAUAUCUACGUUAAGCUCUAUCUUGAAUGAGGAGUAUUUUAGCAAUUUGCAGGCACUACUGGCUAAAAACCUGGAGGACUCUUGCAUUAGUUGUUAG